GUGGCGCGGCCGGGCAGGGUUGUCCCUGCGGCUGCUGCAGCGGCAGUGGCGGCGGCGGGGCGCGCGGCCCUUCGUCAUGUACACCUUCGUGGUGCGCGACGAGAACAGCAGCGUCUACGCGGAGGUGUCCCGGCUGCUCCUCGUCACCGGUCACUGGAAGAGGCUGAGGCGGGACAACCCCAGGUUUAAUCUGAUGUUGGGGGAGCGGAACCGGCUGCCUUUUGGGAGACUGGGUCAUGAGCCUGGACUGCUGCAGCUGGUGAAUUACUACAGGGGGGCUGACAAACUGUGUCGAAAAGCUUCUUUAGUGAAGCUAAUCAAGACAAGCCCGGAACUGGCUGAGUCCUGUACAUGGUUCCCAGAGUCGUAUGUGAUUUAUCCAACUAAUCUAAAGACCCCAGUUGCUCCAGCGCAGAAUGGAAUCCAGCCACAAGUCAGUAACUCAAGGACAGAUGAAAGAGAAUUCUUCCUGGCUUCUUAUAACAAAAAGAAAGAGGAUGGAGAAGGCAACAUUUGGAUUGCAAAGUCAUCAGCUGGUGCCAAAGGCGAAGGCAUCCUCAUCUCCUCAGAGGCGUCAGAGCUUCUGGAUUUCAUAGACAACCAGGGCCAGGUGCAUGUGAUCCAGAAAUACCUUGAGCACCCUCUGCUUCUGGAGCCAGGGCACCGCAAGUUUGACAUUCGAAGCUGGGUCUUGGUGGACCAUCAGUAUAAUAUCUACCUCUAUAGAGAGGGUGUUCUCCGAACUGCUUCAGAACCAUAUCAUGUGGAUGAUUUCCAAGACAAGACCUGCCAUUUGACCAAUCACUGCAUUCAAAAGGAGUACUCAAAGAACUAUGGAAAGUAUGAGGAAGGGAAUGAAAUGUUCUUCGAGGAGUUCAAUCAGUACCUAAUGAGUGCUUUGAACAUUACCUUGGAAGCUAGUAUCUUACAACAAAUCAAGCAUAUAAUAAGGAGCUGCCUCAUGAGUGUGGAGCCGGCCAUCAGCACCAGGUACCUCCCUUACCAGAGCUUCCAGCUCUUUGGCUUCGACUUCAUGGUGGACAAGGAGCUGAAGGUCUGGCUCAUUGAGGUCAAUGGCGCCCCAGCUUGUGCUCAGAAGCUCUAUGCAGAACUGUGCCAGGGCAUCGUGGACUUAGCCAUAUCCAGUGUCUUCCCACCCCCAGAUGUGGAGCAGCAGCCACAGUCAGCUGCGUUCAUCAAGCUGUGACCGACGGGGCACUCAGAGCUGCCUUGGGAAAUGUACCGGGUCCUGGUCCAUGGCAAGGCGAAAUGACCAGACUGCUCCUUAUCAAGCUGAGAUGGGAAAGAGAGGCAACUUGAACGAUGGGACAGAAGAGAGCAGGAGAAGAGGAAGCAACUCCCAGAGCUGGCUGCUGAGGGAGCUGCCCUGUGGAGCUCUCAGCAGUGCAGUUGCAAUUGAGGAAACUGAGGCACAUGUCUCUGAGCAGGGAGCAGAAUGUUCAUCCGUGGGGUGAAAGCAGGGAUUUGGUUUCCUGUGUGUUCUCACCCUUGGGAAGUCUCUUUCUGCUUAGAUGGCAUUGGAAGCAGAGCCUGUCCUCCCCAAGUGUGGCAGACCACCGGUACCGCUGCUCUUUCCAGCCACCUACUGGAGCCUUAGUGCCUUAGCUCUGUGCCCAGCUGCUUUCUGGGACAUGGACUGGAUGUUAGAGCACUUUGGAGGUUGCCUGUGUGUCCCCUGCUCAUCCCCUCCAUGACACUCUGUCCCCCUAAACUCUGGACAAGCAUGCACCAACAGUCUUAGUUUUGUUCCGUGUGUCAGCUUCUCAAUGAAGGCUGCUCUCUGUCACCUUUCUGGUGAUGUGGGAGUCCUCUGGAUUGGGCCCAAACAGUACCCACUGCUCUCUCUCGGUCUAUUCUCUGCAUGUUUUAGAAACAAAGCAACAAGUCUGCCAAACUUGUAAGCCUCAAAUAAGCAUGACAGAGGAAAAAUCAUACAGCAUCUACAGUAUCUUGCUUUACUUAAUAGGUUGGAUGUGUGUGGUCAUGGCGGGGCUUUGAAAUAUGAUGAUUAUCAGUUAUUUUUGUUUUAAUCAGAAUGCUAACUGCAGAUCUGCAAAGUUCCCUUUCCUUCAAUUUUUUUAAAUUUAUAAAAUCCUGAGCGUUAGAAAGGUAGAAUUCCACGCCCCGUAUCUUCCCAGAUGGCCAUGACACAGGUGGCUUCUCCUUUUGAUCUCCCUGUGCUUCAAGCACCUUCUCUAAGAGCUGGAGGGGCAGGUUCCAUUCUAGGAAGGAUUCUGAGUCUGCUUGUGCCUGUAGGCCUCAGGAGAGAGGCUCUUUGAAUAAGUGUAUGUCCUGCUUAGAUGGGAAAGAAGUGAUUUCAGAGCUCCACACAGCUUCUUGUAAGUCACAAAAAGGUGUACAACAAAGAUGUGGUUUCUAAGUACUGGAUCAACUAAUAUUUUGUAGGCUUCUCAGGAGGCCACAUCACUAGCAGUGGGAAGAUGUUUUUUGUCUUCAGAGUGAACUAAGUAAUUAGGCUUUUCUUAGAGUGUCCUGGAAAUUAUAGCAGCAGACACAGGAAACUGUACUCCUCCCCAGGACAUGGUGUACUCCUUCUUGCUGCAUAUGUGUGCUCCAGUAUUCAUUUCUGCUUGGCAGAUCCUGCAGUCAGGUGAGACUUACAAAAGAAGAGAAGCAUUACCUCCUCAGAUAUGAUGAGAUGUGGAAGCUUCUGGUGAAAAAGGAAUAAUUAUAGAAAUUAUGUGCUAGAGACAGUGAUGGGUGAUUGGAUAUAAAGGUGUUAUAGUGAAGUGAUAAAGGUCCCAAAGGAGUUGGUGCUCAUGGGAAUUGGGGAUAUAAAAAGUCCCACUGGUUACCUGAAAUAUGGAGAAUAAAGUUUGCACCAAGGGUAAAAUAAGAUCCAGUGGUAAGUCAAUCCUGGAGGUCCAGCACAGCUGACAGGUGAGUGUGUGGGAACUCUUAAGAAUGGAGUGAGAUGUGAUCCCUUCACAGCAAGAUGCACAUCCAUUUAGGAAGUAAGGGGUCGGGGUUCUUGGAAGGUCUAGGUGGGCUGGUGAUGGAGAAAAACUGGAGGUUUCUGUGUGCUUUUGGACCCAAAUUAUGGGAACAUUUCAGAGUUUUCCAGCUCAUACAGUGAUAGAGCUCAGAAUUCAGGUGUUAGAAAGUCUAUGAAUCCUGAUAGAUUUUGUAAGAAACCUGAAUCCAUUGCAUAUAUGUGAGUGAGGCAUGGCUUUAAGAAAAGUUACAGUUCGUUCCUCACAUGGUUCCCAGCAUGUACAUGUAUAAAGCAUAUCUAUAAUGCAUUAAUUUCCAAUUGUGUGGGAAGGUUGGCUCAGAACUGUCCCAUACCCUUCCAUGGUGCCCUGGACACAGUUGGUCUUGCCUGACUCCCCAGUGUCAUAGGGUUGGUCCGAGUGAGCACUGCUGGUUGCUGGGAGAAGAGGUGUUACUUAUUUGGAGAUGUUGAUUCUAGUCUUGGCUCUGUUAUUUGACUGCACAGUAUCAGAGGAGCCCCCUGACCUCUCUGUGCCUUAGUUUCUUAUCUCAUGGAAGAUUGUUGCCUGACUAGGGACUACCUCAAGGGCUUUUUGUGAGGAUAGAUGAGAGUAGGAAAACUCAAGAGCCUUUAGUGCCAUGCUGACUACAUGCUACAAACAUCUAUAAAACUUUUUUUUAAAAUGUUGGUGCCUACAUCUUCACUCUCCUCCCAGCCCUGGCCAAUUAAACCACAAACUCAGGCAGCAGCAGUGUCUUGAGAUGCCUUGAAUUACUGCCUCGAGAGGAAGAAAGAAAUGCAUUAUUACCUUGGAAGAAUCCUAUAAGGCUUAAGGGUUUUAAAAGAAUUCUUUUUGGAAACAGGCAUUUCUUUAAGAACACCCAGAUGUUGACAUCUGUAUUCAUGGUACAAGCCAGUAUUGUCUAAGCAGGUUCUCUUGUUUGCUUCUCAUCACAGUGUUUGGAAACUCAGAUAUGCUUAACAUAUAGUUUAUGAAGUCUUGACAGCAAAUGUAAACAGACAUGGAUUUAUAAAUCUAAAUAUGUGUUAAAGUUGUAAUUAGUUAUGAGAGAAAAGCCCUUUCCCUCACACGUAACUCCUUCGUUAAUUAUAAACUGCAUUUUUCCAAGAACAUUUAAGUGCCUCAGUGUUUGUAUGAUGGGGCAGAGCAGGUGCCAGUUUAUGUCCCAGCUGACAUGAUGUUUUGCAAGCUCCCCAGGGUCAUGCCCAGGCACAUGGAACAUCUGGGAGUACUGGAAUUGGGAGUACUGGAAAUGUGCUGGGAUCCACAGAACCCACAGGGUCAGUAAAGCUACAAAGUGUUUUCAUGAACAGUUGCAGUUGUGUCGACAGGGGUGGAGCCAGUCGUGUUUCGGGGGUGGCAGAGGGUUUGCUACUAAGGAACACAAGAUGCCAUAGCAGAUCGCAUGUAGCAUGUGGGUGCUGUAGAGGAAAUUCAGCGAUGUACAUGACUCUGAUCCUGGACAUAGACUCUGUACCUAUGAAGAAAUUGUUUCUGAAAUAAGGCAAUUUUGUGAAUGUUUAAAAUGCUUGGAGCAUUAAAGUAAUGUUAUUUCAA